AGUGAUGCGUGGUGUAUGUCGGAUGUCGGACUACCGAUCUGAAGGUCUCUGGUUCGAUUCUUUACCAAUAGCAGGCAUUGAAGCUUAACAAAUUACUAUUAUUCGGAAAUGGCAAUGCUUAAAAGUUUUAAAGACAGUGGAAGUGACGAAGCGAGAGAUAACGAAGAGGAUACUGAGAUGUGCUCCCAUUGUGCUACGGAUGGAAAGCUCCAGCCAGCGUUUUACUUCUGCUAUGAUUGUGGAGUGUUCGGUAGAUACAUAUGUGGCAAAUGUUUAAUACAUCAUAAUCGAAUUGUGAAGAGUCAUAAGGUAGAAAUGAUAAGCAAUCAGUCGAUGUCACGAGGACAAACAUUGGAGACAGACCUUGCAAAAGAGCGAAAGGAAAUAGAAGAACUACGCCGCAAACUUGAUAACAGUACGAAGCAAAUCAUUGGCCUUGAAAAAGAAUUAAAAGAAAUGUAUCAGACAAAUUUGUUUUUACAGGAAGAAUCAAUACAACUAAAUCAAAGGGUUAUGAAGCUAUCUGGUAAGAAAUUGCAGGAGAAGAAUGCUGAUACAGCAGAUCUGAAUGAUCCUAACAGAGCAUUGAAGUUGUCAGAGAAGUUUGGCCAGUUAUACGAUGAUGAAUGGACUAAUGCCUUUGAAUGUUUGACUGAUAAGAAGAUAGGCGUACCAUUAAAAGAUGCCAUAAAUGUUCUACUACGCCUUCUUCAAGAAUGUUGGACGUUUUGCAAUAAACUGGUCGCAGCACAAAUGGAAAGUUUACAAAAUGUUUUUCUACAUCCUGCUCAGAACUUGGCUAAUUUUGACCAAAAGAAAACUGGACUGACUGACAGACCCAGAAUUACAUCAAAGGACCAGCCAUCACUAAACGAUCUACGAAAACGGGUUGGAGUAUCACCACCUGUCAUAGAGGAGGUUAAACAGGCAUUACUUGCAGACUCUAAGACAUGGGAUAAAAGGGAGAAAAAGGAAUUUGAUAAGAAGCAUAUAGAAGCCUGUACACCUUAUCUACAGACAUGUGCUGAGGUUUGCUGGCUUAUGGCUCUGCAUGACCCUCCUUUGGUAAUGAAAAUGGAUGUCAAACAAGGCGAGAAGAUUGAUACGAAUAUCUAUACAGUGUAUAGUCAGUCUGGACAAACAAUCGAUUUUUUGGUUUGGCCACCACUUUAUAAUGGUAGAGAUGGUGGACUUCUGUCUAAAGGUGUAGCCGAACCAGUAAAAGUUGUAAGCAAGAAGAAAUGAAUAUUUUUUGACUUGUAUUUAGCUUAUGUAGUUUAUGUAUGUUCUGAAAGAUAAGGGAUAGAGUAUAUCUAAAUGAUAUUCUAAUAUAAUUUUUUUUGCAGUUUUGCUGAAUUUUCUUAAAUUCUGGUUGGACAUUUUGUUUGAAACCAGGACAAUUAUACAAUAUACGUUAUCUAUUAUAACCCCCACACACAUAAUUUGGUGGAAACUAUACUGGAAUCACUUUGCAAGUUGGCAGUCAAUCGAUCAUUCUCCAUUGUUACGACUUUACAAAUCCUUUACCCUUUUAAACUUGGCCCAAAUUCACACCUCAGCUUAAGCAAUUUGCAGAACCCAUGACACCGCAGUGUUAGUUCAAGGUCAGUGUCACCCUUAAAUGUCAUCGGUAAAAAAUCGUACAUUUUAGAGUCUCCUCUAUAAAUCAUGUACCCUUGAAGGAUUUUCUUUAAACUUAGGUCAGCUGUUACCUCAAUGAGGAAUUGUGCAGAAUCCAUGCUGCCAUUGUACAAGGUCAAGGUCACCAUUAAAGGUCAAAGGUUUUUGUCCACUUUAUAAAUCCUAUACCAGUUGAAGGAUUUUCUUAAAAUUUAUCUCAAAUGUUAUCCUCCACUAGGCAAUGUGCGGUUCUCUAUGACACUGCUGUGCAUACCUAAGGUCAUAUUUACCAUUUAAGGUCAAAGUUUUACAUUUUGUGUCUACACUAUAGAUUCUAUACCUUUCAAAUAUUUUUUUGUUCCUGUCUCAGCUGAAAUGUUUUUUUUUUCAAUAAUAAUAAUACAUUCAAUGCAUAAUAUCCUGUCAUAGAAGUUAGGUGGGGUAUUUUUCAGUCCUGUGACAGCUCUCGUAUGUAGAUGUCACAUAAAUUGUAUAUUGCUGUAUAUGAUAAAAUAUAUAUAAACAUUUGUAAUGAUGUUAAAUAAACAUUGUUCUUUAUGAUUUACAUAUUACAAUGUUCAGAGAUAGAAUUCAGAUGCCUCCAGAUUCAUGCCAAUUUAAAAUGUAUGUAAAUGUAUCAUGUUGUGAACAAAGAAAAUAAUUUACACAUUACACAUAACACUUCAAUCUACUUAUAAUAAAUUAACAGAGGUCAAAAUUUUAAAAUAGCCCUUUCUGUGUUAGUCAGGCAUUAGAAAAAUGGUGACAAAUUUGAAAUACUUCAAAAUCAGUCACUAAUCUCACACAACAUGUAGAUAUAUUUUUGAAUCUUUUUACUUUUCCUAAAGUCUUAGUACACUUCUUUUUCUUAAGAUUGUUUUUUUUUAAAAUAUUUUGGCUCAUCUGGAGGCGUGCAGCUUUAAAACACUUGUAUUGACUUUGUAUCAAAGUAAGACAAGACACUGACAGCAUCUUUACAAACAGAAAUUGCUUCACGGUAGGUUUUAUGUGUGUUAUAUUAUGAUUAGUGAUUUGCUGUAUUGCAAGGUUUGCAUUUUUUUUGUCAUGGUUUGCCCCAUUAACCAUUACAUGUCCACAUUUUCCUUACAACAAAAUUUUUAAAUAAAUAGGUGAGGUGUCAGUGACCUUGAGGUAAAAAUCAUUGAUUUAAAAUUACUUGCCCCUCACCGCAUUAGGUUCAUUGUGUAUUUUUUUCGCAUGCGAGGAAGCCCUCCAGCUAGUUCCAGCUAGUUAAAGGUAUGUUGGCAAUUUUACUUAUGCGCCUGCUUGUGCCAGAAAUAUUGCAUGGAAAACCACAUGUUGUCUUCCCACACCAGUAAGCUGAAUUGAGUUAUACUGUUUGAUGAGACAUUAAACUUACCCGUGGUCCCCCAAAGGAAAUGAAAUAAAAUAAGAAUAAAAAAUAGAUACAUGAAAUAAAUUAAUAAAAUGUAAGAAAAGGAACACAAGGCAUGACAACACGGAAGUGAUUUUUCUUAAUGCCCCUUUGUGUUUUAUGAAAGGAAGGCACAGGCAGGCACCUUCGAACAACCACAACCUUCCGUCUUAAGGUCUUCUUUCGCUAGAAUUGUGCCACACAAACCAUGUUGUGGUAACAUAUGAUAAAAGAAUUCCCCACUUUUAAUGAAAUGAAUGCCCUUGUCUUCCUAGGUUAAGCAAAAUAUUAAUGAGAAAAUGAAGUCAAUAUUUUUUUUCAACUCGAACUGUGUUUGUGGUCCAUGAUGACUUAAGCUUGUCUUGAAAACAAUAUUGUCCAAUUGUAUUUUAUUCACCAAUAUUUAGUUGAAAGUAAACGCUAUAAUGUUAAAGUAGCAUAGUCAUGAAAUUUUUGAAAAUGUAUGUAGUUGUGAAGUAUCGGGUAGUAUACAAAGAAAGUAAUACACUUUGCAAACAUCACUGAAAUCUAUGUAAAUUACAAAACAAAGAUGUCAAAAUACUCAACAAUAACCCUUACUGCAUCAGUCACGUGAUAAAUACUGUAAAAUCUGUAAUUAAUGACACAUGUAGUUGUUACUUGACACUUGAAUUGCUUUUAUUUUCUAAGUACAUUUUUUUCUCUAGUUUGAUUUUUAAAGUAAAAAUAUUUGGCUCAUGUUGAGGCAUGCAGCUUCAAUGGAAACAGUGUUAUACUUGUUUGACGUAUUGGGAUUAAUUGAUUUUUGUACGUGUUUGCAUCAGGUCACAACCAUCCAUGUAAUAAGCAUUCACAGCUAUUCAUAAACAUAUAUUCUUUUUAUUGGUAUUUUUAAAGAUUGUUAUUGAUGGUAUGAUUUGGUUUACAACAGCAUCAUAUUCUAUGUGUAUGUUAGAAAUGAAUUUUAUAUCUGUAUAUCUGUUUGACGAUAAAUAAAACGAUCAUAUUGCGCUUCUAAUAGCAAUUAAUGAAAAUAAUUAACUUUGUGGAUUCUUUUGGCAGAUGGCUGCUCUAUAACUUUUUGCAAUCAUUUUAUUAAAAGUUGAAAGAAAUUUCUUUGUCUAAGUCUUAGAAAUUUAUUUUGUUGUAUCAUCUUUGUAAACACAUAGUCAGUAAUAGUGAAUAAAUUGAUGGUCUCUCUAAUUAAAUUUUUAAUCUGUGCUCGCUAAAAAUGUUUCAGAUCUUGUUCUAACAUUGUUGAGAUCACUAUGAAUAACAAAAACUUUUUCCAAGGAACACAAUCAAGGAACACUUACAUUUGAUUUUAAAUAAGUUCAACUACAUUGUAUGUAUAAUUAAUGUGAGGAAUGCUAAUUAGUAAUAUCCAUAACGUUAAAAGGUUGUUUGAUUUUAUGGUUUUUCUAAAAUUAAGUGAUAACCAAUGUAUAACAAAAUCAUCAAUGGUUACACAGAAUACAAUUUAUGUUUUCUAUUUGUAUAAUAAAUAUGCUGAAAUAA